AGCCGGGCGGCCCAGGUGAUAGGCCGCCAACACCCGCCCAACUUUCUCCGCUAUUGGUUGGGGCUGCCGCGCUCCUCGGUAAAGACGCCGCACUUCGGAUAGGUAGAGGAUCCCGCAGGCUCGGAGCUCUGGUGACCUGCUCGCGCCAUGGAGUCUCAGAGUCGUCGGCGGAGGCCGCUGCGGAGGCCUGAGACAUUGGUGCAGGGGGAAGCGGCCGAGUCGGACUCAGAUCUCGCUGCGUCCUCGUCGGAGGAGGAGGAGCUGUACCUGGGCCCCUCGGGCCCAACGCGCGGCCGCCCCACGGGACUGCGAGUGGCUGGGGAGGCUGCGGAGACCGACUCGGACCCGGAGCCGGAACCGAAGGCCGCGCCGCGGGACCUGCCUCCGCUCGUGGUGCAGCGGGAGACGGCCGGGGAGGCCUGGGCGGAGGAGGAGGCCCCGGCGCCCGCCCCUGCGCGCUCGCUGCUGCAGCUCCGGCUGGCUGAGAGCCAGGCGCGGCUGGACCACGACGUAGCGGCCGCGGUGAGCGGCGUGUACCGUCGCGCGGGCCGUGAUGUGGCCGCCCUGGCUGGUAGGCUGGCGGCUGCCCAGGCAGCAGGAUUAGCCGCAGCCCACAGCGUGCGCCUGGCGAGGGGGGACCUCUGCGCGCUGGCGGAGCGUCUAGACAUCGUGGCCAGCUGCCGCCUGCUGCCCGACAUUCGCGGUGUGCCGGGGACCGAGCCUGAAAAGGACCCGGGACCGAGAGCCUAGCCGUGACCCACUGUCUCCACUGACUGCCCUGGGGGUAGGCCUUGCGGCCUCUGGACCUGGCUCUCUGCUCUGUUUAGCCACCCACCCAUCUUGCUGUCACCCUCAGGGAUAACCUUGCAACUGGAUAAUGCUCUGUGUGUGUGUGUGUGUCCCUGCUGGACCGUAGCUCUGGUUCCUCCCCCUGGGCUUGGCCUUUGCUUCCUGGUUCAGAGCUUGUGUCUGAAACUUGACUCCAGCUCCUGGGUACCUAUCUGCUCUUGGAUCUGUCUCCCUCUUAACGGCUCCUGAAGCCUCAUCUUUCCUUGCUCUCUGCCUUCCUCAGUUUGGUUUCUGUUCACAGGGGCUGGACCUGCUUCUUUCUCCCCACGGGAGCGCCAGAAUCCGGCUGAAUGUCAGUUCCCUGAUAUCUUUACUCCCUUGGCUCUGUCUCCUUCUUGCCCCACUUCUGGAAUUUUGUCCCUCUAAUCUGGACCCUUUUUCUGCUCCCCAGGCUUGGCCUUGGUUCCAUCUCCACCUUCUGGUCCUUGCUCUGCCCCUUUUUGGCUCCUUCUCCUUGGGCUUAGCCGUACCCUGUUGGCCUGAUCUUGCUUCCUGGGUCCAGCUCUACCCUUAGUUUUGGUUCUGCCUCUUUCUGCUUCUCCCAUUCUGUUUAAACUACCUGUUUGCUUCUGGGCUCCAGGGAUCCCCUAUGAUUUUCUUCAUCAGGUCCAAGAUGAGGUUCCCUCCUGACCCAAGGAGGUCCCCCUUCCAGCUGUCCAGGCCCAAGGUGGCAUCUCCUCCAGGCCCAAAUUGGUGUAUCCUUCCCACCCCCCAGGCCGAGAUUAUGCCUUCUGCCCAAGCUCCAGGUAUGAGCUCCAGGCCUCGGCCUGACUCACCAGGCUGAGAGCGCCCCCAGCAGGCACUGAGGGCCUAGUACAGACUCGCCCUGGAACUUUAUGUGCAAUAUGACACCACUUUGCAGAUAAGUGUACUUUGUUCACUAUGUUCCGUGGAUGCUAUAAAUGCUAAACUGCUUGGAUUUCUGGGUUAGCUCCUUCUGUCUCCUCCUCCUCACUGCUCCCUCUUCUCCCAGCCCCAGACCCUCAGUCCCAUUCACAUGCAUUCCCCUCCCCCACUCUCUUAUCCCAACCUGAGCUGAGAUCUGAGCUCCCAGGAUGAAGAAGUGCUGAGGAAGAGCACUG